UCUCUCCAGUCAGUGAUCCAUCACACGUGUCAGCUCUGACAGUGAUGUCACUCUGACUGAUAUCGACAUUGAAAGUGUACUGGGUCUGAGUACCAGGUGUGGUGAUGACUGAACUACCAUCCAUGACCAUACAGUCUCCAGAUGACUGGCAAUCAGAGGUGGGUGGAGUCAGGGUCAACACAUACUGAGACGCAGUUCCACCACA